UGUGGGUAGGUGUGUUUUGCCUGUCAGGGUCACACCUGUCGGGCGGUGCCGCCGGCGGCGUGUCACUCAUUUACUCUCGCUCCUUCUUGCCGGUUAGUGACAAUGGCUCAGUGUUAACGCAUUAUGGCCGACCAGCGGAACUAUAGAGCCGACUGGAACGGGCGACGAGAUUAAAGAUGUUUACCAAACCUCGAGCUAAACUGCUCAGCUCUAUUGAAUAUACACGAGGAAUUAAAACAUAUAUGCGCGUCUUUCUUCAGCACAAAGUCUGGAGAAGUUUAGGGGAACUUUCUCGUAAAAACUUGGCGGUUUACUAAAGUUUUACUGUUGUGAAAUAUUUUGGUCUUGCGCUAUGGCUCUGUCCCAGCUUCAGUGCCUGGAUGAUAACCACGUGAACCCGCGGACGCACGAGUCCAAGCCUGAUUUCUUCUACUGUGAAGAUCAGCGGCUCGCGCUGGAGGCUCUCAUGCGGGAUGGUCGCGAGGCGUUCUUGAAGUACCUGGAGGCUCGCGGCCUCCGGGGUUUCCUCUCGGAUCCGGAGCUGGAAACUCUCAUAGGCGCGAUCGAACCUUAUGACCCCGGCUCGGAGCUGUUCUCGGAGGAUGUCGAAGACGAGCAGACCCCGCUGUCACUUCACUACUGGCCGGAGCUGUCGGACACAUCCAUCCCGCAGAUGGACCUAGGCUGGCCCGACAGCGGUUCGUACCGGGGGGUGACGCGCACUACAGUGUACACGCAGCCGCCGCUGGAUGGUCAUGCUCACAUUAAAGAGGUUGUCAGAAAAAUGAUUGCACAGGCGCAAAAGGUGAUCGCAGUGGUGAUGGAUGUCUUCACUGACGUGGACAUCUUCAGGGAUUUGCUAGAUGCUGGUUUCAAAAGGAGGGUUUCUGUCUACGUCCUGCUGGAAAGCACAACACUACCUCAUUUCUUGGCCAUGUGUCAGAGGGCCAACAUGCAUGCAGGACACCUCAAGCACCUUCGUGUACGCUGCACAGGAGGAGCAGAGUUCUACACGAGGUCCUGCACCAAGGUCAGAGGGCGAAUGGGUCACAAAUUCAUGUUCAUUGAUGGAGACAAAGCUGUGUCUGGCUCAUACAGUUUUACUUGGAUGGCCUCGCGUCUGGAUAGGAAUCUCAUCACGGUGGUCACGGGCCAGGCUGUGGAUGGCUUCGACCAACUGUUUCGCCUCCUCUAUGUGACCUCCAGUUCUGUUGACCUCCGACAGAUCGUCACAGAGCCUGAGCCUGAGCCGGAGCCCCUCCCGCAGCCAGCCACUGUGGCGCCCCUUUCUGCUGCUGUCGCGAGGAAGCUGUACAACCCCAAAUAUGCCCUGGUUGCUUUGACCAACCCCAGCCCCACACCCACCCCUGUUAACCAAGAAAGCCCCAAAGAACCCCAAAAUCCAGAAAACUCCAAGAAGAAGAGGCGAGGUAAGGCGAGUAACGAGGCCAUUCAGGAAGCUCCUCCGCUCCAUCCUGGACUAACAAAUCUAGAAAAAGCAUGCUUAAUCGCAUACCUACCCACAUGGCCGGAACCUGACCCCCCAAGUGAUGUAAUAGGGUUCAUUAACAUUCGGGAUGCCAACAAACCGACUCAAGUCCACUUGCAGCGUUCAGAGAGGUUUGAAACCAGCCAGGCGAUCAGGUUUAGCAGUCCUUUCAGCAAAGUAAAGGAAACCCAGCCAGAAGUUGCCAAUCCCACACAGCUAACUCCUAAACAAGAGGAGGUGAAUACUCUCCAGCCAGCACAAGAUAAAUCCAAGGCUGAUGAGGUCACAGUCAAAGCCCAGGAAGCACAACUCAGUGAUGUCAAAAGUAAAGAAGAGGCAUCUGAACAGAAAUCACCUGCAUCUGGGCAAACGUCUGACCUGGAUACAGACACAGCUAAUUCUGUCAGCGUGGGGAAUAAAUAUGAUUCAGACACAGCCACUAACCCAAACACAGGCCUUGAUACAGCUCCUGUUAGUGCACAUGAACUUCCCCAAUCCAGCAGCAACACAUCCGCUCCUAAAGAGGGGAAGACUUCCCACAAGGCACAACCCGUCUCCACAAACAGUCACGCUGAGUCAGACUCGCUCCCAAAUUUAAACACUGAAAAAGAAGCAGUACCUGCAAGUAGUUUAAACACACAAAGUUAUGUUGUGUACAGGGCAGACACCCCGAUGCUGAACGGCACACACGCCUCUCAGCUUCCUGACUCCCCGGAAUUAAACACAGAACAAGACACAAAAGAAAAGACUGCACCAUCACAUGCAGAUUCACACACACAAGCUGUUCACAAGCAACCACAAAUCUCUACUGAAGUGGCUUCUAACAUCCAGACUCCACCUAUCCACAGCAACAUUUCCACCUCCCCGGUUUCUGCCACGCAGUCUAAAAAUAACCACAUCCCUGUUACUACAGUGCACUCAAGCACAUCUACUAGUGCUUCUGUUCCCUCCACCAGCUCAUCUUCCCUUCCUCCUCUUACUUCUUCCUUUACGACACUAAAUCCUCCUCUCCCUGCAUCCUCUUCUUUGACCCCAGCUCCUCCCGUCCCUAAACCUCGUACUGUCCACCUAGUUAUCAGUGACAGCAACAUCGGCAAUGGGCAGAAGCUGCCAGAGAUAUGUCUUGUUAAGAAGCCCAAGGCCAGCACAGGGCAACUAUUGGCCCACAGUGCGCUUGAUGUAGCAACUGUUGAGCAGACAUUUCUGGUGAAAGAGUGCCAAACUAUCCCUGAGCUGCAGGACGACAGUGCCAGUAAGACAGGGGCACAAAAGGACACUGAGAACACAGGAAAUCAUAAAGAAACUCCAAAGCAAGCCUCUGAAUCCCAAGAGACGAGUAUGGAAGCAGAUGGGCGAGCUGAUGAUGGAGCGGGAUCCCAAAUGGUCACUGGAAACCAACUACAAGCGGAGUCAGAUGUUUUGAUUAAUGAUGCACCAAAGGCAGCCAGUCUGGAAAUUCCAAAAGAUGUUGACCUCAAGAUUUCAAAAGAUUGCAGGAUUACUGAGAAGAUGGACAUAGACUGUGUAGCCGCAAUACAGGCAGAUACAACGGGCCCUGAAAGAACUCUGACAGGCUCUGAAUUUGAUGACGUUCCAAACCAGCAAGAUGAAAAUGUGACAAAGUGCAGAACGUUUCUCGCAAAAGCACAUGAACCACAGAAGAUAUCAUAUUCUAAAUUGACUCCACAGGAUAUGGGUCAGCUAGAGGCUCUGAAAGCUCCGGUGUUCUGUACCUCAAGCCGCCUGCACGUAUCUGGCGAUGGCGGACACACAUCUGCUGCAGACAUGCGCAGUCAGCAAGAUAAACAAGCAAAAUUCACACGUGAAGACUGUACAGACAGUAUGCUAAAUACUACAAAGCAUAACACGCACGGCACCUUUCAAGAGCAAAUUCCUACAGCACGAGUAGGCACGCACACGCCUGAGAAAGCCCUGCGUUUACACCUCACCGAAACACACCUGCCAGACUUCCGUUCACAAACACCUGAGUGCAAAUCGCAGUUGCUCACAGUACAAACUCCCACUCCUGAUGGAUUUCCUCCUCUCACACCCACCCUGGAUUCACCAUCACACGCAUCAGACUUCCGAACGCCUACCUCUGACGUUUGUGAUGGUUAUAUCUCCUCGAGAGAGGACUCCACUCUCUCCGCCACCUCUGAUGAGUAUUAUGAAUGUAGUGAUUUGCCUUUUAAUGAGCCUGUUUUUGACCAUAUGGCUUAUUGUAACCAUGAUACGAUAGACGAUCAUGUUAGCUUCACACACACAAACAUUCUGAAUGCUCCUGCCACUGGCAUCAGUCCUGCAUACAUAAAUUACAGCUCUGGGGAUCCUGCAUUAGGUAGUAAACACAGUGAAACACAGACCUUAACUGGGCCUUCUAGAGUCUCCUCUUCCUCUUUACUCGGGAAGAAAGUGAAAAUGAGGGAGGUGGAGAACACCACAAAUGAAGAAAAUGGGAGUGAAGGGGACAAACACGGGAGGAAACUGAGUGGUGCUGAGAGGAGGGAAGAGCAAGAGUCCCUGCGGAGAGGCAGCGAGGAAACUAACAGAAUAGUGGACUGUUUUAAGCGAGAUGCAGAUUCUCCCGAAACAGGAGGAAAAGGCAGAGAGGUCCAGGCACCUGCGAGAAAGGUGACGCUGAGCCAAUCAGCUGCAGACAGACUGGUUGAUGGAGGAACGACUGCAGGAGAGUCAACCAAAAAGAGAAAAAAGACAAAGCAAUCGUCCACAGGUGACCUUAAGCCGGCAACAGUUUCUUCUGAAGGAGGGAGACUGGACAAAGAGUCUUCAGGGAUGGAGAAGGCCUCAAACCAGGUGGAAAUAAGACACAGGGGUACAGACAGGAGAGAGAGCCCUCAGUCAUCCAGAAAGACAGAGGGGCAGAAGCUUUCACACUCUCCUCCCAAACCUCAGAGAGUUCAGCAGCGUAGUGGGUCCUCCUCCCCUUCCAGACCGCCAGUGUCCCCUCAAAACACAUUAGACAUGCAGUCUUUGGGGCCGCUUCCUUGGGGGAAAUGUCAGCGGAACCAGACAGAAAGCAAAGUGCUUCAACAUAGUCAAAAUUUCUCGGAUACUAUGUCAUCUCCUCACAAACCGCCAACCACACCACCCCAGCUAGGGGCUGCGGGUCCCAUGGGGUUUGUAGCUGGGUGGAAGCAGGUCUCCCACAGCCAGCAAACCCAGGCUCCAGCAGCACAGACAGCAUCAGCACAGGAGGCACAUGGACAGGAAGGAAUGAAUCCAUUUGGUUUCACUCUCAGCAGGCUGUACAAUCUUAAGGGCAUGAAGGGCAAAGUGAACAAGACUGCAGCACAAAGCAAAAGAGGAAGCGUGACCGCUCCGGUGCAGGAACGUAACAGCGCCAGCUGAUGCCGUACCCUCGGUCAUCGUGUCAUUUUAAUGUUACUGUAUUAGGUCAAAGAAAAGGAAAGUUUAAGUGUGAAACCUCUCCUGUGCCAGCUUCAUACCAAAAGUGUUGUUACCUCUUUCUUGACUCCUCGUUUUGCAUCGCUCAUUUCUAGCUCUGCUGUUUUGAAGAAAAAGUCGAGAAUAUCUCGCGUGAUCUUAUCUGCGAUGUUCAAAUUCACACCAUAGAUGUUGCUGUUCAAGCUAGAGCCAUCAAACUUCACACACUUGUUCACUGACUUUACUGUAACUAUAACAGCACUUUGACAACCUCUGGGCCUCACAGCUGAAUGAGUGUUUUGUAAAAAAAAACAAAAACAAAAACAAAAUUGUGUUUCUGACGAUUGUAUUUUAAAAUCUGUAUUUUUUUUUUUAUUAACAGCAUAAAUUGCUGACCCUGGUCUUACAUCAGGUCUUUCAUUUACUGUGCUGCACAUAUACAGCAGAUAAAGCGAAAGAAAAGCUAACUGGAUGACUGUCGUGUGUUUUUCAAAACUAACAUGCUGAUUUAACAUCAUAUUUUCUUUUUAAAAGCAAUGGAAAUUACCUCUGUGUUUGCUCUGCCAACAUUCGUUUUCACUUUCACUCACUUUGGGGUGGUGCAGCGUAAUUACAGCAUAACCUGUGAUUAAAUGUUUUAUAGUUUGAGUAACGGUGACUCAUUAAAAUGGACUUUAAUAGUGUUUAAAACAGGUCCCAUCACAUGUUUGAUGAAAGCAGACUUUUAAUAUUAUUUAAAUAUGGACACUUACAUCACAUAUAUAUCACAGGCUGCCGCUCCAGCUGUUCUACAGCAUUACUUUACAUUUUGUAUGCAGAAAAGUAAAUGUUUACAUUUUUGUGACCAGUUUCUUUGCCUCCAGUUGGGGUAGCAUUUGUCUCAAAUUUGCAAUAUUUUUUGUUGUCCUCUGUGUGUCUGCCCAUUCAAAAAGAGGA